AUUGCCUAUGAAACUUUGUCAUAAACAGAAAUAUGUCUUGAUAUGCAAGUCAUAUUAGUUGCGAAACUGAAGUGUUGGAUCUUAAAAGUCGAGAGCAUUGCCUUUCCUUCCUCAUUCGGUUCUUGAAUCAGAGCAAGAGAGCCAGACGAUUAAUAUUCUCCAACUUCCAUUAAAAUCAAUCUUAAAUUCGUUAUGUCGACGACGACGAAUAAAAUCAGUUCCAGGAUCUUAAUGGCCCUUGUCAUGGGUUGGGCCCUCGUUCAGGUGACGAACGGGUCAAUGGAAAGGUACUACCCCAAAUGGAGGCUGGCUGACUGGAACAAGCUGCCAGGAUUCAAGGCAAGAAUAACUCAGAAGGGUCUCGACUUCUUCAAAGAUGUCGGCAUGAAGACACUACAGGCAAAAAUCGGAAAAAUGCACAUUCCAGAUCAACAUGGCUCGUCUGGUGCCAUUGAAUACUCUGCAACUAAUAUCAAGAUCGUAUCAUUCGGUUUACCAGCCUCCAUCACUCCUAAUGGGGACGGACUGAGGCUUCAAAUGAAUAAGGCUUCAUUCAACCUGCACGGGGAUAUCAGUUAUACAGUCCUUAAAAUGUUCACUAAAUCUGGAUAUUUUGACGGAAGACUGGCUGACAUCGCUCUCGAUGCUUCUAUCCGUAUAGGAGUGGACAAUAAUGGCAGACCAUCAGCAAGUGCCAAAUAUUGUAAUUUCCAUGUCGGGUUUGUAAAGCUAAAUCUCCACGCUGGAAUGGCUUGGAAGUAUGAGGAAGAAGUCGCAGCGAAACUGAAACAAACCUUGAAUCAACAGGUCUGCAGUAACGUUAUCACAGCUAUCAACACUGAUCUGGAAAACAAAUUAAGAGCAUUGAAAGUGACUAUGCUCUACAAAGACAAGUUUAAGUUUGACUACUCUCUCGUAGAAAGCCCAUCGUUCAACACAUCAGUUGACACAGCGCACAAGGGUGAGGCUUACCCGAUCGGAAAUGCGACAGAAUGCCCCAUACCUAUACCAGUAGUGCCGCAGGACCCAGAUAAGACUUCAAAGAUGUUGUUCCUCUGGGUAACCGACUACCUGCCAAACUCUGCCGGUUAUGUCCUGCAGAAAACCGGUCAGCUCCACCAUAUACUGACUCCAGAUAACGUGCCUCCGGAGCAGAAGAAAUACCUCAACACGUCUAGUAUGGCUGUAAGAAUGCUCCUUCCACAGAUCAACAAACUCUACCCAAACAUGGCAAUGAUGAUUAGUCUGAACAGCACUCAAACUCCCACGGUCAAGAUCACAUCGAAAGGCAUCGAGGCUGUCUUGGUCGCCUACUGCUCCCCUUACGCUAUCCUUCCAAACAAGACCAAAGCCUUCUUGUUCACACUGAGCGUGUCCAUCAUUGCAGACUUGAACGUCGGCCUGAAAGCGAACAACAUAACAUGGAAGAUUACAUCUUUCAGAACCGUUUUGAAAGAGGUUCGCACUGAGGUGGGGCCGAUUUCGAUCUCCAAACUUAAGAAUGCUGUUGACUUGGCUAUUAAGUCAAUACUUCCGAAGCUUAACAAAAUGGGCGUGGCUGGAGUUCCUCUUCCAAAACUGGAUGGCUUUGAGAUGAUUAAUUCUUCCAUCACACCGGGAAAGGGUUUUCUGAAGAUUGGAACUGACCUCAUUUACACCGAUCAGUCGGCCGACGCCAUAUAAGCAUUACCAACAACGUUUUCAGCGUGUUUUCUUUCAAAUAGAAUACACAACACCAACAUUAAUGUGUCAGAUGACAACCGUGCACUGAUCAAUGCAAUGUUAAAAAACAUCUUAAUUCGAGCAAGCGAAACAAGAAAGUCGAUAUUGAAAGAUUUGAUAAACUGACAGACAUAUUUUAAAAACAGAACGCUUAAUAAAAAUUUAAUAGAAAUUCAUAAUUAUGGUCGACCAGAAUCUGGAAGAGUUUAAAUAUAGACAAGGAAACAUUCAUUGAACAGAAUAUUCAGUUACGUUUCCGUGUGAUGUAAUGUAAAUAUAAAAUGAUACUAGCUAGUUAUAUUAGGACACCUGUUGCCAAUGGGCGUCAUUAUUAUUAUAUCAUUAUUAUCGCCACAAAUUACUUAUCUAAAUCAAAUGUUUGUUUGUUUGGUUUUAUAUUGAUGGCAGAGGCGCUCGUUUAUUUGCUGUUCGGGAUCAUUUCCACCAGAUGUAAAAAAGAACUUUUGCUUUUUUUUUUCUUCACAAAAUAUAAUUUUUUUGUUUCAAGAAAAGAAAAAACUAAGAAUGACCGAUGAUUGUAAUUUCAUGAAUGAAACAUGAUUGUAAAGCUUAGGUCGUCUUCGUAAUAUUUCAUGUAUUUGAUGCAACUUGUAAGAUGGGUUCCAAUUCGCACAUGAGUAAGUAAAACAACUUGAAGUGAAGGUAGAUAAAGGUGUCAUAAUGGGCAAAAAGCGGAAUGUGCAGAACGUGAUUUUCUCUUUGAAAUUAAAGAUAUCUCCAGCCAGAUGUGUCAUUAAUACACUUCCAUCAAAUUGAUUUACAUACUUAUGCCUUACAAGAGUUAUUAAUUUUGUGGCAAUGAGGGAACUAGCCACAAAAUACAUGCUAUAUAGUCAUGCUAAUGUAAAAGUCCAUAAAUUGUCAUUUUUUCUGAAAUUUGAGAUUGAUUUUACUAUUUAAAUUCGAGGUUUUUUUUCUCGCUCGGUCGACACACACUCUUAGGUUCGACAAAGGGAAAAAGUCUAGCUUAGAUCCAUUAACUGAGGUUAUAGUCUAUGUAUGUAAAUGGAUAAUGCUAUAGAUCACUCGCUUAUUGAAUAAAAAUAAAAUUUUGCUCACAUGUGCGCUAU